AACAGACUUUCACUCACGCAACAGGCAUGACUCUCUCUGCCACCCCCAGUUUUGCAGAGAGAAUAUAAAUCCAAAAUUAUUGUAUGAUCCCCCCACGCUGAAAUCGCCGGUGACUCCAACCAAUUAACCGCCGACUUGCCACCGUAGCUCCCUCCCUUUUUAGUGUCGCUCCACACUCCACUCCACGCUCCGGGAUGGCGCGUGGAGACAUUUCACUCUCCCGCUAAACUAAAGUCCACUCCUCCCACACCAUCUUACAGCGUGUACGCAUCGCUUUCCAAAUCCAUUUAGGCAAAACAGUACACGUACAUUUCUGGGUUAUAUGAUUCGCCGGAGUGGGACGGUUCAGACUAAAGCAGCCACCUAUUUCCGUACACAAAUCUAGUCGGCUUGCCACGAGGCAAAUCACUCGCCGUUGGCGCCACGGGGCAUGACUUGUGCUCUGAGUGAACCUGCAGAGCGUAGUAGGACUACGUCCGGGCAUAAUGACGUGACGAGGGGAGAAAGUGAUCGCGGGCAUUUAAUCGGGAGCACAAAAGCUUCGGUCUUUCCGUCUUUCCCGAGCGUUUGUGCUCCUCUCGCUUUUUCUGCUUCAUUUACUUCAUAUAGAUAGAGGCUCAGUGUUGCAGCAGAGUCGUAAUUUCGUCUCUGAAAAAAUGAGUAGCUUUCUGAAAUUGGAAGCGUCAGCUUUUCGGAAGCGACCCCGUAGUUCAAUUUCUUUAUAGCUGGACAUCCAUUCUGCAAAUGAUCAUCGUUCACAAAUGGACAAGCAGGUAGCUCGACGUGGACGAGGACGAGCCAUUCGGUUUAAGCAAUCCUCUGGACACAAGCUCUUCUCCGAAGAAAACAAAUUCCGAGGAGUUUUCCUUGUUGGAGUUUUGCCUGCAGAGAAAACAAGAGCUGCUGCUGGCGACUUUGUGCUGCUUGAGAAAUCGAAGAAGGAGAGGAUUAGGAAAUUGAGUACUAUUGGUAGAGGAGCGACUUGUUCGAGCUUAGAAAUGGGUUGUGAUGAUGUGUCUGAUAGAGAAGAUGAGGAGCUUCCCAGUAAGAGAAUUAAGCUACCCACAAAGUCUAUGGGUGACUGCAAUGGCGUUCAUCUACCCUCUGUGCCUCGGAAACUGCGUUCAGCAAUGAAGAAGCGCCAUCGUCAAUCUACAUCUCCGUCUUUAUCAAAUUCAAGGAAGCUACUGAGUGGCACUGAGUCUCUCAACUGCGAUGGCGUAAAGAAGCCAUGCUUGAAACAAGGAGAUAGAUCCCCUAAAAAGACUGUUUCUGGGCCUAUCACAAAAGAUGAGGAAGAAGUUGUGGAGACCUUGUAUGCUUUGGCUGGAUUGGUGUUCCCCAACAAUGAAGCAAAUGGUAAUGGCAAAGUAGAAUCUGAAACUUUAGAUGCAAAUGCUUCAGCUUUGCCAGAGUCAAAGAACAGUCCUGCGCCUGCAGUUGAAGUUGGAGACAUCAAAUUGGAUCCAGUUUUCCCCUGUAGAGCUACCAGCUCCACCAGUCCAUCUUACGUAGAAGGAUUCACUAAAGGAACUGAUCAAGUUGAUUUAUUGAACAAUCCCAGUACUCAUUAUCAGCCUGAAUUUCCCAACAGUGGCAAACUCUGUAUAGACUCGAAUAAUAACGUCUCUCAUAAUCAAAUAAACAUUUCUUCCUUGUCAGCUAAGGUUGAACAGUGCAAUGAAAAGCAUUUCAGCAAUGCUGCUGUCAACUUCCGUGAUCCAUCCGAGUUAAGCCUGGAUAGUCGCAGGUUAACGCAGACAGUGCAACAGCUGACCUCAGUUUUCAGUAGAAAACCAGAAAUUGCAGUGGAGCUGGGCACGAACAUUGGGAGUCAAGUUCAAAAACAUGAUAUGCUCCAGGAAUCCAGGAAGAAAGGUUCAGGAUUGUGGCCUGGAUUGGCUUCAAAUGUCUCACAUGGUGCUAAGAGUGAUAGUCCACUUUUGCAGAGCCCUGCUGCUACAAUGCCUCCCUGGAUGGAUGCUGUUUUGUCGACCUCCAGAGCAUCAAUCCAAAAUGGUUCUUCUUUUGCAAAGGUUACGAAAGUUGUCAAUGGUACAAGAUCGUGUAAGAAAUGUGCAGCUCAUGUCUAUAUAAGUCAUUUGAUCCAGUCUCUAAAAAGCUCUGACAGCAAAGAUCAGUUACUGCUACAACCUAGUCAAAUGAGAGCACAUGAAGGAUCCGAACAAGGGGCUUUUUUGGGAGUUAAUACCUAUACUAAUGUUAAAAGUGGUUUCAAUGAGGUUGUUUCCAGCAGUAGCAUAAGAAUCUCUACUGCUGAAAAAGUUCCAAAUGAAGCUAAGAACGGUAUUCUUCAGCACAAGAAGCUCCAUCUAGAUCAGCCAUCGUAUACUUUGGCAUCUGGGGCACACACAUCACCAAAACAGAUUUUUGAUUUCCUUUCAUUGUCAGCUGGAGGUGGUAGCUCAGAAAAUAAUGAUAGUUUUAGUAGAGGUAGAUAUGCGAUGGAGCCGUCGUCAGAAGCCCAAGUUCCUUAUCUUCAUUCUCCUGUGCAGCAUCACAAUUUCAUUCCUUUCCCUUUGACCCGGUCUCGCUACAACUCUUCUGCUUCCCUUGACAGUCACCCACCAGUGGCACAGCAGGGCCAGCUGCUACCUUCAUAUGGCAACCCAUUCUGUAGUUCUCAAGCAAAUGCCACAGCCUUGACAAAACAACCAACACAACAGCAAAAAUUACAUCUGCAGCAGCAACAGCAACAACAAUUUCAUCUGCAGCAGCAUCAGCAACAACAAUUACAUCUGCAGCAGCAACAGCAAAGGCUUUGGGCAGCUCGGUUCGCGGCUCAGUACAGGCCAGCGGGAACUCUGGCAGCCACAGCUCCCUCUCCGAGCUGGCAAAAUAUAAAGCAGGAGAACUGUACACUGAUUCAAUGUGGCCAAGCUCUCCUUUCUCCUUCCCCUUCAACACUUGAACUAGUUGGUCCCAAGUAUGCACCACUAACUCAUCAUCAGCAGCAACAAAUGGCAGUCACUUCUUUUCCUCCCGACAGGGUAAAACGGUCAGACCACCAUCUGCCAUCUGUGUAUGAGGAGUCUGUAGGCGGGUACCGUGCUGCGAGUGCACUGCCAUUGCAGUUGCUCUGCAAUGAGCGCCUCUGAUAAGUAGUGAUAAGAGAUGAUCUAUGGGAAAGUUGCUGGUAAAUGCAUUUAUUUAAUUCUUUUCUUCUCUUCAGACGUGGGAGUGGGACUUGCUGCUCGACUUUGUGGUGACUUGACUCAAUAAGAACUGAACAUUAUUUAGGGAUAUGGUAACCCUGCAUUUGCUCCAUAGUUAGAUCAGCUGCGCUGCUGCGGCAUUAGGAUGGUAGGCAACAACGUGUUGUGCAAACAUAUUUGAAGAAUAUUGUUCAUCAUAAUAGAAAGGUUAAUUUUAUCUUC